UUGUGCACGGCUCAAAGCGUUGUCCACACUGGCCGGUUUUUCCUGCAAAGUUUGUUUAUUUUUAUAGAUUUUUGAAUUACAUUUAAGUUCUGCAGAAUCAUGUCUAGGCGUGGGCUUUUGCUGAUGGGCCAGUGCAUGCCCUGCAUAAAGCAAAAUGCCUCCAAGAUCCGCAUUCGUCGGAUGGAACUGGACAAGAAUCUUAAUAUGUACUUCAAGAAGGACGAGUUCUACUUUGCGCACGACCCGCAGAAGGUAUGCAAAACCGGGGAUGUGGUCCUGAUAAGGGAACUUCCCGAGCGACUUACCCGCCUCAUCACGCACAACGUGGAAAAGGUCGUCUACCCGCUGGGUGACAUAACUGAUCCGAUAACUGGAAAGAAGGUGGUCGUGGGCAAGUACCGGGAGGACAUCGAGAUGGCGAACCAGCUGUUUGGAAAGUCGAAAAAGGCUUUCGAUUACGAGAAGGCUCCGCCGCGAGGUCGCCUAGAGGGAACGAAGGACUUCACCCAUGGAGAAACCUACAUAAAGUACCACGAGGAUGGCAAGGACCAGCCAUUUGCUGUUUAGGGGUUAUCCAGUUGUUUAUCUGUUAAGUUUCCUAUCUCUUUUAUAGUAAAGUGCACUAACUUGUCGUAGAUAUAA